AGCCCUCCUUCACCCGCUAAUUUACUAUCAAUUGAUCCUAUUAUUUUUUUAAAUUUUUUUAAUACUGCCAAUGGAUGUCUUCCACCCAUAUAUAAAAGGCUAUCCUUUUUUUUAUCUCUUAGCUGAGCAAUGUUCUAUUGUGCUAUCUGAAUUGCUCUCUUUUGAGUUUUGAAGAAGAAUAACGCAAAGAAAGGUUCUUUAUUUUUCAACUUUAGAAGAUGAGGGGAAGUCUUUGGCAUCUUGGGCAAUCGAUUACACGCCGUGUAGCUCAGGCUGACAAGAAGGCUGCAGCACGUCGAUUCUUUGCUUCAGAAGCUGAUCUGAAAAAGACUGUUCUUUAUGACUUCCACGUUGCUCAUGGUGGGAAGAUGGUCCCAUUCGCUGGAUGGAGCAUGCCAAUCCAGUACAAGGACUCGAUCAUGGACUCUACGGUGAAUUGCAGGCAGAAUGGUUCACUCUUUGACGUUUCUCAUAUGUGUGGGUUGAGCCUUAAGGGAAAGGACUGUGUUCCAUUCCUUGAAAAGCUCGUCAUUGCUGAUGUUGCUGGACUCGCCCCUGGAACGGGAACACUAACUGUUUUUACAAACGAGAAGGGAGGGGCGAUUGAUGAUUCCGUGAUCACCAAAGUGAAGGAUGAUCACAUUUACCUAGUUGUGAAUGCAGGCUGUAGGGAUAAAGAUCUGGCUCACAUCGAAGAGCAUAUGAAGGCAUUCAAGUCCAAAGGUGGGGAUGUCUCAUGGCACAUCCAUGAUGAGAGAUCUCUCCUAGCUCUCCAGGGUCCUCUCGCUGCACCAGUUCUUCAACAUCUUACAAAGGAAGAUCUGAGCAAGCUAUAUUUUGGGGAAUUCCGUAUAAUGUAUAUCAAUGGUGCAUUAUGCUUUCUUACUCGAACGGGGUACACUGGUGAAGAUGGAUUUGAAAUCUCAGUUCCCUCUGAAAAUGCCGUGGAUCUUGCUAAAGCAAUCUUGGAGAAAUCUGGAGGGAAGGUUAGGUUGACAGGACUUGGAGCUCGAGACAGUCUCCGACUUGAAGCCGGGCUGUGUUUAUAUGGUAAUGACAUGGAGCAACAUAUAACACCAGUGGAGGCUGGACUGACCUGGGCCAUAGGGAAGAGGAGGAGAGCAGAAGGUGGAUUCCUAGGAGCUGAGGUAAUCCUUAAACAACUGGAAGAGGGGCCGUCAAUCAGGCGAGUUGGCUUCACCUCCAAUGGUCCACCUCCUCGAUCCCACAGUGAGAUUCAGGACGAGAAAGGGAACAACAUUGGUGAAAUCACCAGCGGAGGAUUUAGUCCUUGCCUUAAGAAGAACAUAGCAAUGGGAUACGUGAAAUCUGGGUUACACAAGGCAGGCACCAAAGCUAAGAUUUUGGUAAGGGGAAAGGCCUAUGAUGGGGUUGUCACGAAAAUGCCAUUUGUACCUACAAAAUAUUACAAACCAUCCUAAGAUCAAUUUUACAUUUCAGGCUCAGCUCCAACAUAUUUCUCCUUGGCUCCAGUUAUCGAGUUUCCUUGUUUCCUGUAAACUUUUAAGCCCCUGCAAUUAAUGCUAAUGGGUCUGGUUUUUCUAUUAACUGACAGGGCAUGCUAUGGUUUGUUAAUUUAUCGCGUGUUAAAUUUAAUUA